AUGGGUAGAACUUUUCGUCUCAGAAAAAGAAAAAGUAGAAAAAAUGUCGUUUUAAGUUCAGAUCCCAGUUUUGUUAAUCUAACUCAGUGGAUGUCCAAACGAGGAUGGAAGCAAACUACUUCUUUAUGCUUGGCGAAAUUUAAGGACACAGGACGUGGUCUGAUGGCAAGAUGUAACAUUGAACAGGGAGACGUAUUAGUGAGCAUUCCCAGAUCACUUUUAAUAACCACCGCAACUGUUGUUGAAUCACCUGUUGGCUGUGCCUUCAGUCGUGUUACUCUUACACCUAACAAUUUUCUAUGUCAAGAGAUUUUGGCAUGUUUUCUUCUGUGGGAGAAGCACUUGGGGAAUACCUCAAUCUGGGCAAACUAUCUAGAAACUCUUCCGAAGUCAUUUUCGAUUCCCCACUGUCUUGAUAAAUCUCAUAUCAAUAGCUUCCCAUGGUUUCUUCAGGAGCAGGCUUUAAAUAGUAUUGAGUUAGUUCAAAGCUGUUUCAUGCAUUUGAUCCCUUCCUUUAAGGACUAUGUCUGCAAUCAUUGCCAACUUUCAGCUCUAGAUAUAUUUGUUUGGGAUGAUUUUCUUUGGGCGUGGUGUUGUGUUAAUACAAGGGCUGUCUUUAUUGACCCAGAAAAUGUCCCCUCACAUCCUAUACCAUUAAGAGAUAGAAAUUGUCUUGCUCUAGCUCCUUAUUUGGAUAUGUUCAACCACAGUGAUGCUGUUGAGGUCAAAGUGGGUCUAAAUAAAAAUAAUAAUUGCUAUGAAAUAGUUACUCUUCAGCCUGUUAAAAAGUUCAAUGAAGUUUUCAUCAACUAUGGGCCUCACUCCAACACGAAACUUUUUCUUGAGUAUGGUUUUGUAUUGCCUAGAAAUGUCCAUGAUACCAUUCCCAUAGAUUUCAAUCAGUUGAAGGAGGUUUUUAGCGAAACCGGUAUUACAAUACCAAACGAAUAUGAUAAACGUAAAUUUUGUGAAAGGCAUGGACUUAUCACUCAAUUAUAUUUAUCUAAAGGUGGUUUGUCAUGGAACUGCUUAACAGUACUCAAAAUAUUAUUGUGUUGUUCAAAUAAUCAUAAAUAUUGGCAAGAAAUAUCCUUUAAGGGUGAAAGUUCUGAGAAAAUCUGUGAUAAUAGUUUUAAAAUUGUUAAAGAAGGCAUUUUCAGGAAAAUCAGUAAAGAUUUACUUAAGAGUCAUAAUUUAAUUUUUGGUGAAUGUAGCCACAGCUGCUGCACGUUUUGGCAGGAAGGGAAAAGGCACCCUACAGUUGAGAUGUGUAGAGUGCUUAUUCACCGUUUGAAAUCCAUCCUUACAUCUGCAAGUCUGGUUGAUGAUUGUGGACAAACAUAGUCUGUGAUAUAUUAUUAUUAUUUUUAUUCUUGUUCUAAUUUGUAUUUUCUUUGAUGAUUUUGUAUUUUGUUGGCAGAAGGUAAUAAAAAUUUAACAUUACCCUAUUUAUUAGUGGUAGGUA